AUGACUGCGGAACACCGCUCCAAUGGCUUCCAACAGGCAGUCUUUCCCGAUUCGCCCCCCUUGACGCCUCCUGCGGAUUUGGACUUGUCCAACAAGUUUGACCUGCAGUCGAGCGUAGUCACUCGCGAUUCGCGUCCUUUGGUGGCCGUGAUCGGGGUCGGGUACGUGGGUACCCAUCUCGUCGAAACCUUUUCCCGCGGCUUUGACACCUUGGGCUUCGAUAUCUCCGACAAACGCAUUCAAGAUGUCAAGUCAAUGUUCGCCGGGAACGAGCGUGUCAGGCUAUCCAGCAACACCAGCGAAUUGCAAGAUGCAACCCAUUUCCUGAUUUCUGUGCCUACGCUGCUUCGUCCCGACCGCAGCAUUGACUCGUCAUACUUGUGCAGCGCCCUCCAGACUGUUGCGGCGCAUGCCCGGCGGGGUUCGACGGUCGUGAUUGAAAGCUCAGUCGCCAUUGGCAUGACCAGAGAGCUUCUCGGUCCUCUUGCAAAGACCUGCGGCUUCUUCGUUGGCAUGUCUCCAGAGCGUGUCGAUCCUGGACGUACCGAGCCACCUGCUUUCGAUAUCCCUAAGGUCGUGUCGGGCUUGGAUGACAUUGCUCCAGGCUCCCUGGAUAGCAUCCUGCGUCUCUACUCGACUGUUUUCCACCACGUCGUUCCGGUAUCCAAGCCUGAGGUCGCUGAGAUGACCAAGCUCUACGAAAACUGCCAGCGAAUGAUGUGCACCGCCUACGCCAACGAAAUGGCUGACGCAUGCGUUCCCCAUGGCAUUGACCCUUAUGAGGUCUGCGAAGCCGCGGCUUCUAAGCCCUUUGGGUACAUGCCUUACACUCCCGGUCCUGGAGUUGGCGGCCACUGCAUCCCUAUCAACCCUUAUUAUCUUCUCUCCAACAGCCACUUCCCCCUCCUAAGUGCCGCUACCGAAGCCAUGUGGCGGCGUCCUGCGGAAAUUGCGACCCGGGCUAUCGAGACACUGGAAGCGGACGGCCUUGGCCAGUCUAAGCCUCGCGUGCUCGUUGUCGGUGUUGGUUUCAAGCCAGGCCAAUCGACGCUGAGCAACUCACCUGGACUCGACAUCAUCAAGUCCUUGGAUAUGUCCGGCAAGGUAGAUGUGAGCUUCGCCGACACAUUGGUUACUCAGGAAGCAGUGCCGCAGGUUCUCCGCCUCGACGACGCAGGAUGGAACGCUACCACGCUGGAGACAUUUGACAUGAUUCUCAUCGCAACGCGACAAGUUGGGUUUGAGUACAGUGUUCUAGAAGAGUUGCAAGGCGUCAGGGUCGAGUGGGAGUGCCGCAAAUACUAG